UUCCACACAGUCUCCUUUGCGAUGAGUGCACCUUUCCCGCAACCUUUGCGGUGCGCGGGGGCAAAGAAGGGGGCAACCUCAAGUGCUUUUGCGGUGUGCAUCGCCUGUUCAUACCUGGUUGCUUCAAGGUUGAGACGGCCCGGGCAGAGUGGGCACGUGACUGCGAAGUGUUCAAGGUAAAGAAGGAGCUGGCGCGGGCGCUUGACGAGGAGGCGCGGCUCAAGGGCAAUCGAGGUUGCAAAGGUUGCAACGAUUGGCAGCAAAACGAAUGCUGGUGGGAUCCAACUCCCAAAAGCAGAGACCUGAUUGGUGUCAGCAGAGGCAGAACCGCCGAGGAGGAGGGGGAGGAGGAGACUCGUCAAGGCUCUCUGAGCUUAGGGGCGAAGCCCCUGCAGACCUUCGCACAGGCAGCGUGA